AGAUUUUUAUUGUUUUGUCUGUCCAGUAUCCGUAGGACCUGAUUGUAGUCAUCUUUAUAUGGCCGUAUUAAAAUGCGCGGGAUUCAACUCCUGUGUCUACCACUCACCCACCGUCUGACGUCCAUCAUACAAGUAUUUUGUGCUAGUAUUCUUUACAAAAACCUUUUAUCUUAGGAUCUUUGUGCUUCUAUAAAACGGGGGAUAUUUUCUGUGUUCGCUGAAGUUGUCUUAAGAGUUGUUUGACAAAAUGCGUUUGGAAGUGCCUGUGUUGAAACGAUUCUGUUUUUGUUUACCUUUGCGAUACGGUUUGAUUGUGUGGGGAUAUCUUAGAUUGGUUCUAUCCGCACUAGCAUUAGUAGCUGGUGAGCAAUGUUUCUCUUCGAUGCUGUCACAAGCGCAGACAGAGGAUGAUAUAAAAUACACCAUCUAUACAGUACUGCUAGGAGUGCUCUUAGUGUUCAUAUUGGCUGACAUCUUAAUGAAUAUUGUCUUUGUUAUUGGAGGCCAUAGGAAAAUCCUGAAGCUCCUAAAGGCUUACUACGUGUACAGUUUUAUUCUUUGGAUCACCACAGCGCUGGUGGGUCUAGGGCUGGUGGUCUACAUGAUAUACUGGUUUACUGAAUUGGAGGAUACAGAGGAAUAUAUCUGGGUACUACCAGUCGCCAUAAGUGUUUAUAUUGCACAGAUUUUGAUACAAGCCUACAUACUCGUGUUAGUGAGGAGCGUAAUGAUAAAAAUUAAGAAAGGAUUUGAAAUCCGAUUCAUAAAUAAUGCGGCUGAAUGCGAAUGCACGAUGUUUGCCGAUGAGGACAUACCAGAUAUUGAUGAAACGAGUGAAGAUGAGAAGAAAUCGGUGAUAGAUAUAGUCCUGAUAGUGGCUCUGACAACAGCUUUCAUAGAAGUGCUGGAGAUGGUGCAGACCAAGUCCUACCAUGUGGGCAACUUGGUCAUAAUCGGUCUAGUCGUACUGCUGGGCGUGGCAGACGUUAUCCUCAGUAUCGUGUUCAUUAUUGGAGGACAAAAGAAAAACGUGAAGCUGUUGAAAAUAUGCUACGUGUACAAUAUAGUGCUGUGGGUGCUGCUCAUCAUCAUGGGAGUCUCCAUAUCCAUAUACACCAUAUACCUGAUGUACCAGCACAACUUGUCGUUCCUUCAACAUAUCUUCUUCAUUCUUACUGACAUCUUCACAUACCUUUCGCAGAUAUUGGUACAAGGAUACUUCCUACUACUGGUGAGAAGUGAAAUAGUGAAGUUGGAGAAUAACAGUGAAUUCCAGUUUGUGAAUAAUGCAGCCGAGUCUGAAUGUAGAAUGAAAUGGGCGCAAGAUGGCGUUACUAGCGACCAAGAAGAACACACUCAAGAAAUACGCAAUUUCUAGAAGAUUUAUCGUCUAGAAGGAUAUAUUAUUCAACUUCUGUGAUUUUUACUUAUGUAUUACAUAUCAACCGUUAAAAUAAAUGUAUUAUUACAAUAUUUUAUAUUUAUGUGGCUAUUAAAUACCUUUACAUACAUGUCGGUAUACAUAUAGAGCAGCUCAGUGUCUGUCAGUUUAAUACAGUUAGCUUCAAAACGUUUUUAACAAAUUUUGUGCCGAAAUAUACCAUGUUAACAUAGCUGGGGCCUUAGUCUGCUAUUACAAUUCUAAUAGCAGACUAAGGCCCCUGGUGUUGAAACUGAUUCUUAUGAAUUAACAACAUUGCCGUAAGAAAAAUUUUAUUAUGUGUAACUUUAGUAAUUAUAUUAUUACCUAUUUCGCUUAUUUUUCGUAAGUUGUUAGCCAAGAUGAAAACAAAUAUGUGAUUUAAAUUAAGUCAUAUGUGUUUACUCCAUACGGUAUAUAAUACCUAAAUAGCAACACAGUUAAAAACUGUACAUCAAUGAUAGUUAUUCAGGAGUAGGUCUGUAAACAGUUGAACUACACAUUGU